AUGCUGGCGCUCAAGGUGGGCCUUUUGCAGUAUAUUGGCGACGAAUUUGGCCCGGAAUUGGCGGCGCGGCUACUUGACGGAAAUGAAUUCGACGGAAAUAUCGAUGCGUUCCGUGUUUUUCUACAACAGACAGUGGUGCUAAAACCAACCAGUGGCCGGGGCGGCACUUUGCCCGCGCAAGAUGUAUGUGCGCGAGACAUCCCGUUUCUGGAAUUCGUGGAUAUCAUUUUCAAGCUGCAGUUCGGUGCGGCGUCGGAUAUAGGCUCUGCGGACGCCUGGUUGGGGCCAGCAGAAGAUAGUCUCGGCAAAACGGUGCGGUUCCGCUUCCAGUCAAGUCUGCUCAAGACGGCCAUGUGGGCUAAGCUCUGCGAGCGGUUGGGCCGACCGGCUUUUCUUCGCCUUCUCACGGGUGUUUUGGCUGUUUUCCCGGAUACUUCUGCUCAACCUAACCUCAAAUGGGAGACCUUCAGAUACCGGCGCCCAGCCGAAAACACCUACAACAUUCGCAAAACCCGGAUGUACUACCGGGUCAGCAAUCUGGUCAAACACAUCAGGUUUAUGGGUGCUCCGACCCAGGUCCUUCUUGAUGAGAUCUGUGGUGCGCCCAUUGGCAAGUCGAAGAAGGUGCGGAAGUUGCGCAAUCUCAUCGAACAUGCUAAGAGACGGGAGCUGAGCAUUGACUACUUGAGAUUGAGGAGGUCCAUCGUCACGCGGGCUGAUUCGUGCGACACUGUGUUUGCGUAUUGCUCUGCUCCAAACCAAGUGAUCAGAUUCGUACUUGUGGUGGUGUAUCGUUUGUUGCCAUCGCAGACAUUUGGCUCGGCGGAAAAUCGAUCGAAGCUUUCGAAGGCGAUCAUGACCUUCAUGCUGCUGUCUCGCUUUGACACCUUCGAUGUGUGUGCCUUUGUGGGAUCCCUCAAAGUGAAGGAUAUCCCCUGGCUCGGCAAAUCAGAGAAGAUUACUUCCGUGCAAGACUUGGAGCUGCGAACUACAAUUCUCAGAGGAUUUUUCAAGUUUCUCUUUGGUGUUCUUAUCGUCAGAAUAGUGAGCAGGUUUUGGUACGUCACGGAAAGCCCGAUUGUAGAUGCUUCUCCGAACCUCUAUUUUCCUCAUAGUACAUGGAAGCGGAUCACAAGAGUGUGGUUGCAGGAAUAUAUCCUCCGUUUCCUUUGCAAGGUUGAAUGCCCUUUCGAUAUGAGUGCUCCUCAGAAGAACAUAGCUAAUUUCGGUAUUCUCCGACUCAUUCCAAAGAAGAGUGAUCUACGGCCCUUGUGUGUACCAUGCUCCUUUCCAAUUGGUCCCGAAUUCAAGAAAGAAGCACAUCCAGGCUUCUCUAGAAAGCAGACAUUCACUCCAGAUAGAAUCAGGCCCAUACGCGAUAUUCUCCGCUUCCAGCAAGCAAGAUACGUAAACGCCUACCCGAGUUCUUCGACUGGAUGUCACCUGGCAAGUGUUGUUGGAAAGAAAAUACUCGAAUUUAGACAGCGUUUGCUUCAACAUGGCGGCAUUCCUCCCCUAUAUGGGGUCCAAUUUGACAUGAAGCAUUGCUACGACAACCUAAAUCAAGCUAAGAUCAUCACAUGCAUUGAAGAAUUGUUUGCAAUCGAGUCAAACCACGAGGAAUACUUCUUGCGAAACGUUAGCUCUUAUUCGUCCAGCUGCCUGUCAUAUCGCAAGAACUUCAAUCUAAUUAGCGUCAGAAAAGACAUUGAAACCCUUGACGUGGCCCAGAAUGAUAAAUAUGCCGCCAGAAAGGACGUGGUGGUUGAUAACGGCAGGCUUGCAAAGUACAACAAAAGCCAUGUCAUUGACUUGGUGCGAAGUCAAGUGAUUGAAUCUGUUGUGCAGAUUCCAGAUGACAAAUUUCAAUUCUUCAAGAGAACAAGGGGUGUAUUCCAAGGCUUUCCUUUGCUGGCAACACUCUGUGAUGUCGUAUACAACUCGCUCGUGGACAAUGUCAUUCUCUGUGGGUUGAUGGACAAGAGCGGCACGCAUUCGCUUCUAUUGCGCUUGGCAGACGAUUUUCUCUUCAUAUCCACUUCAAAAGAAGUCUGUCACAAGGCUUACGUGAACGCUGUGUCGGCGGAAGCCCAAAGAUAUGGAGCCUACGUCAACAUGGAUAAGCUAAAGUUCCUUGACUCAAGCGUACCAGCCCAAAGUUCAGCCUCUUUUGUGGGUCUCAGCAUUGACAUGAAAUCCUUGUCAAUCCAUCAGGGAUCCGCAUUACGGAUAAGAAUACCCCAAAGCUGUCGGAAGUCUCUCAAGGGAUCAGUGCAAUACAUUCUUCGUUUUCUCUUCCAACGACUCCAGGAUUACCUCAUUGAUUUAGAUCUAGUUACAGUUGAGACCGCUUUAGAUAGUAUCGACGAGAUCCUCGCGCCGAUACUCCAAAUCACUACGCAACUUUUCCAAGAAGCAGAGGGACUCCCAGAGAGAGCCAAAUUGGCCGAAAGUCACGUCUUCAAUAUUGUAAACGGUGUGAUACAACGAUGGACUACAGUCAAUGGCGAUGGUAUUUAUUUAAAGUGCAUGGGACCCUACUUAGAAUCAGUUUUCAACCGUAUGGUAGAAGCAAUCGGCAACAUACCCGUAUAA